CUUCCCGUUGACGCAUUUCUCACGCGACAGCACCGCGCGCUGUUCGGAGAAGGGCUCGCGGUGGCAGUCGGUGUUUGUUUGUUUGUUUCGCGGUAAAACUUGGCACAUUUCUCCACUUUCUGAGCAGCACGGGGUACCACAGCAGGCAUGUUUAGUCCCCGCACCGCCCCGGGCUCCGGCCGCAGGCAGCAGGGCAGGACCACCGGGAGGAAGAGCGUCUCCAGCAGCCUGCUGUUCUCCCCGCGCAGGACGCCUCUGUCGGCGAGGUCAACACCCACCAGAGUACAGAGCCAUGCAGCUGCUGAAUGGAUCAACUACGAUGUGCAAACCUUUGGCUCGUCGCUGCCUGUCAAAGUGAUGGAGGCCCUGACGAUGGCUGAUGCUGAUGAUCAGAUUUCAGUGAAGGUGAAUGAGAGCGGCUGGGCCUGGAUGGUUUGCGGAGAGCGACUAAUCAUCUGGAAGAUCUGUCAGACUGCUGUGGCUAAGCUGUCAGUGUGUAAGGAGCUGCAGCUGCCCAGCAGUGAGUACAAUUACACAGCUGACCUCGUGGCUGUGACGUCCAAUGCUCCUCUGGAGACUGCUGCCGUUCAGUCUAUCUCUGUCCUGGCGGUGGCUGCAGAGGGAAUGGCUCGCUUGUGGCCCAGCCUGGCGCAGGAGGGCAACUACACAGAGACAGAUGUGGACCUGGGGGAUCUCUGCAACUUUGUUGUUGCUGUCAGAGGUGGAAGCUUCGUCUUGUCCUCAGUGAAGAGCCGGCUGCUGAGAGCGAGUGUAGAUUCUUCGGGAAAGCUGCAGUACCGAGCCCUGCAGCAGGGUCAGGGAAUGCUCUCUGGCAUCGGACGCCGGGUCUCCAGCCUGUUCGGCAUCCUCUCCCCACCAGCCAACGACACACUCCACAGUGUGCUGUGGAUUGGCGGAGCCAGCUGCCUGUACACGCUGACCAGCUCCAGCCUGAGUAAAUGGGAGGUGGAUGACAGCUACGAGCACCAGAUCCUCAGCUGGGACGCCCAGAGAGCUCUGACAGAGAGCAUUGCAGACGCCAUCUGGGGUUCAGAGAGCAACUAUGAGGAGAUGAAGGAGGGAGUGAAUGUGACAUACCUGGAUAUGAAGCUCAGCCAAGCCGGCCUGGUCGUCUUGGCUGCUGCCUGGCACCCGUCUGACACUCCCUGUCUGGCUUACUUCUGCCUGGUCACCCUGCAGGACAACGGAGCUGCUAUCUCAGACCAGUUCAUCGUGGAAGUCACCAAAUACAACCCUCCAUUCCAGAGUGAGGAGGCCCUACAGUCUACCCGGCUGGUGUUGCCACGUUCCCCUGGCUCCACUGCCUUCCUGUAUAACGAGGAGAUGGUGUUUGCUUGCUCGACAGGAACCAGCAGGGGAGGACUACCUGAUGAGAAAAUCAGCUUUAACUCAUCUGGUGAUGGUGUACGUGGAGGAGGCAGUUGCGCCAACCUGCCAGUGUUUUUCUCCCAGAACAGUGGCCUGGUGGCGGUGGUGGCCAGGGAGAGCGCCUCUAUUUUGCCAGAGACCAUGGAGGACUCGCUGUGCUCCUCACUGGUUGCAGGUCCAGAGGUUUCAGCAAUGGAGACUCCAACCAGAUCAGAGCCUGUAGCUCAGGAGGACAAAACCAAACUCCUGAAGGCGGCUUUCCUGCAGUUCUGUCGUAAUGAUCUUGUGGGAGCUCAGACGGUCACAGACGAGCUCUUCCCCACUGAUGGUGAUGGUGAGGAGGGAGCUGAGCUGGACGGUGUGGUGACACGAAUCAACCUGGAUCUGGUGGACGAUUACCCGGCCUCAGACCCCCGCUGGGCCGAGUCUGUCCCUGACGAGAGCGCUGGAUUCCCUCUCACCUCUCUCAUCAUCCUCCACCAGCUGGAGGACAAGAUGAAGGCCCACGGCUGCUUCAUGGACUUCCUACUCCAGGUGGGUCUGCUGGACCGGCUCGGCCAGGUGACAGUGCGCUCGACCCCCAUAGCAACACGCUUGAUGUUGUGCGAACACGCCGAAAAGCUUCAGGCAGCCAUGGUACUGAAGAACCACCACACCAAACACCCCGAACUGGUCAACCGGGCCAUCGGCAUCGCGCUGCAGAGGAACAACACUGCCGUGCCUCCCAGCCUCACCGCUGCAGACGUCUUCUUUAGAGAGGUGUCUCAGAUCUCCUCAGUGUUCGAUUGUCUGCUGGAGGAGGAGGAGCGCAGUCUGAAGGACAACCCAGUCGACUCAGUGCAAUGGGCUGAAGUGGUUCUCACUGUCAACACCAUCAUCAAGGACAUUCUUCAGGCAGCUGGCCAGUACAGGGAGACCAAAUCCUCCAUGUACAGAGCUUCUGAAAAUGCUGCUACAGAACCCGAGUAUAUCCCAUGGACAGCGUCUGGAGGUGUCAGCGGUGUCCGGACUGUUAUCUCCCGCCAGCAUGAGAUCAUCUUGCGCUCCGUGUACCCACAUGCCGACUCAGAGCUGCGAAGCGCCCUUUGCGAGCAGCUGGUGGCGUUGUUGGACAUCUACUUAAGCGGCUACGUAGCCCAGCUGACCUCCCUGCAGCAGCAGAGGCCCCCUGGGUCCCAACAGGAGCGCUACAACAGCCUGGAGAUGGAGUACAGCCAGCGCCGCUCCGAGCUGCUUGCCCCGCUGUUGGAUCUGGGUCAGUACCAGUGGGUGGCAGCGCUUGCUGAGAAGUACUGUGAUUUCGACAUCCUGGUUCAGAUGUGUGAGCAGACCGACAACCAGAACCGCCUGCAGCACUACAUGGCCAAGUUUGCAGACCAGAACUUUGCUGACUUCCUGUUUCGCUGGUACAUGGAGAAGGGGAAGAGGGGAAAGCUGCUUUCCCAGCCGGCUGCACAGCACCAGCAGCUGGCCAGCUUCCUGCAGUCUCACCAGCAUCUGAGCUGGCUGCACCACAUCAACGUCCACGACUAUCGCAGUGCUCACAGGACUCUCUACAGCCAGGCCAACAUGGAGACGCGCUAUUUUGUGAAGAAGAAGACGCUGCUAGCGCUCAGUAAGCUGACGGUGCUGGCCUCCGACCUGCCAGAGGACGAGCUCAACAAAAAAGUUAACGACAUCGUGGAGCAGGAGCGCUUCCUGCUGCAUCAGGAAACUCUGCCUCGACAGCUGCUCGAGGAGAAGCAGCAGAACCCCGACACCAUGCCUCUGCUCAGUGCUUACAACCUCAUACAGUUGUACAUCUGUGAUGACAACAGACGAGCCAACGAGUACGACUUCAAAAAGGCUCUGGAUCUACUGGAGUACAUCGACGAGGAGGAUGAGGUGGACACGGACUCGCUGAAAUGUGAGAUCUUCGGGAAAGCACUCAGGAGAGACGAUUGGUCCUCUGCUGAUGGGACCGACGACCCUCUGGAAGCCGCCAAAGACAGCACCUUCGUCAAGAUCCUCCUUAAACUCAUACAGGAAGGAGUUCCUCUGCAGACUUACCUGCCUGAUGUCAAAGAGCUACUGGAUCUGGACGAGCUGAGCAGUUUGAAGUCAAAACCCUAUUUUGAGUUUGUCCUUCGAGCCAAUUAUGAACAUUACCUACAAGCCCAGAUGUGACGACUGCUCCCCUCCCACUAACACCAACUGCACUUCAGCUUCAGAUUCCCUCUGCAUCCUCAUGAUUUUCUAGAGUUGUUUGAAUUGUGCUCUUUUCUAAAUAAAUGAACGUUUUUUUUCUGUAUCAGA